UCAAUGUCAUUGCAAAAUGCUAUGCAAUGAGUUUGGGUGGAAUUGUUGUGCAUUGUAAAUGAUUAAUCUUGAAUAUUGUAUAUAUAAGCUUGAAAAAUGGACGAAGUUGCUAAACUAGAGCAUCUGUCCCUCGUAUCAAAGGUCUGCACUGAGUUAGACAACCAUUUAGGAUUAAAUGAUAAAGAUUUAGCUGAAUUCAUUAUAGAUAUUGCAGAUAAGAAUCCAACAUUUGAUUGCUUCAAGAAAGCACUUGUAGAAAAUGGCGCUGAAUUUUCCGAUUCGUUUAUGACCAACUUGUUGCGUAUUAUACAGCACAUGAAACCUGCUAACAAUCCUUUACAAAAAGGUGAAACUAGCAGUGAAAGUAGCAACCCAUUGGCAAACAAGUUCCCUGGUCUAGCUAUACCUAAUGAGAAACCCCCACAUUUCUCAUCUGAUGAAGAAAGUGAAGAGGAGAAAGAUGAGAAGAAGACCAAAAGACUGACAUCAAAAGAUAUAUUCAAAAAUGAAGCAAAGACCAAAACAAAUGAUUCUAUUGUUGACCAAGCUAUGGCUGAGUUAGAAGCACUAGCACCAUCUAAUGUUACAUGUGCCCCUGUAAAAGAACCGUUGAAGAAAGAGAAAGAGAACAUAAAGGAGGAGGUGAAAAAGAGAGAAAGAAGCCGUAGUAGGGACCGCAAAGAUAGCAGCAAAAAGAGAGAAAGGUCAAGAGACAGGAGAGACGUGAAAAAGAGGCGCAGCAAAAGCAGAGAUAGGAGGAGUCGCAGUAGGGACCGUAGGAGUAGAAGUCGUGAUAGAGACAGGGAUAGAAGGAGGCGGUCUAGAAGUCGUCCCACAUCUAGCCGACACAGAUCUAGGGAUAGACACAGGAGAUCUAGAUCAAGAGGCAAGAGAUCUCCAUCAAGGGAGAGGGAAAGAGAAGACAGAUAUGGUGAUUAUAAGAAGCCCAGAAAGAGGAGUCCAGAGGUUGAAAUGAGUGAUGAUCCAGAGCCUGGGAAAAUAUACAAUGGGCGUGUGGCAAACAUUGUUCCAUUUGGCUGCUUUGUCCAAAUUGAGGGAGUGAGGAAGAGGUGGGAGGGUCUGGUACACAUCUCCCAGCUGCGCUCUGAGGGCAGAGUCACCAAUGUGUCUGAUGUAGUCAACAGAGGGGACAAAGUGAAGGUCAAAGUACUAUCUGUCACUGGACAAAAGGUAUCUCUCACCAUGAAGGAUGUUUGCCAAGACACUGGUAAAGAUCUCAAUCCUACAUCACAUGCACAUUUGGAGGCUGAACGUGAGGGUCGUAAUCCAGAUCGUCCGCCACCGAAUGCCACCGUCCUGGCCGGCUUGCAGGGCGGUCUUGACCCCGACGAGGAUUCCAGCCGCAAGCGAGUCACUAGGAUCUCCAGCCCCGAACGGUGGGAGAUCAAACAAAUGAUAUCAUCAGGAGUAAUAGACAAGAGCGAAUUGCCAGACUUUGAUGAAGAGACAGGUUUGCUACCGAAAGACGAAGACGGUGAGGCAGACAUCGAAAUAGAACUUGUGGAAGAAGAACCUCCGUUCCUGCAAGGUCAUGGCCGCGCGCUACACGACCUCUCGCCAGUCAGGAUCGUGAAGAACCCUGACGGCUCACUAGCACAAGCCGCUAUGAUGCAGUCAGCCCUAGCCAAGGAGAGAAGAGAACAGAAGAUGAUACAGAGAGAACAAGAGAUGGAAAGCCUGCCUAUGGGACUUAACAAAAACUGGAUAGAUCCAUUACCUGAAAGUGAUGGAAGAGCAUUAGCCGCAAAUAUGAGAGGAACUGGUAUCACACCACAGGAUCUGCCCGAGUGGAAGAAACACGUCAUUGGAGGAAAGAAAUCGUCUUUUGGAAAGAAAACCAAUUUGUCAUUGUUGGAACAAAGACAGUCACUGCCAAUUUAUAAGCUGAGAGAUGAGUUAACUAAGGCGGUAGCAGACAAUCAGAUCUUGAUUGUGAUCGGCGAGACAGGGUCGGGCAAGACAACGCAGAUCACGCAGUACCUGGCGGAGUGCGGGCUGACGGCGCGCGGCAAGAUCGCCUGCACACAGCCGCGCAGGGUCGCCGCCAUGUCCGUGGCUAAGCGUGUGGCCGAGGAGUUCGGCUGCAGGCUCGGACAGGAGGUCGGAUACACUAUCCGGUUUGAGGACUGCACCAGCCCCGAGACUGUCAUCAAGUACAUGACAGACGGUAUGUUACUCCGCGAAUGUCUGAUGGACCUUGAUCUUAAGACAUACUCAGUAAUCAUGUUGGACGAGGCUCACGAGCGCACCAUACACACCGACGUCCUCUUCGGACUGCUCAAGCAGGCCGUCCAGAAGCGGCCCGAACUUAAACUAAUCGUUACUUCAGCUACACUCGACGCCGUCAAGUUCUCCCAGUACUUCUUCGAAGCUCCCAUCUUCACCAUCCCCGGCAGAACCUUCCCUGUAGAAGUCCUGUACACAAAGGAACCAGAAACGGACUACUUGGACGCGUCAUUGAUCACAGUCAUGCAGAUACAUUUGAGGGAACCUCCAGGAGAUAUCCUGUUGUUCUUGACUGGUCAGGAAGAGAUCGACACCGCUUGUGAGAUUCUGUACGAGAGGAUGAAGUCCUUAGGUCCUGAUGUACCGGAGCUGAUCAUUUUACCUGUUUACUCUGCCUUGCCAUCUGAAAUGCAGACACGAAUCUUUGAACCAGCGCCGCCUGGCUCCCGAAAGGUGGUCAUAGCCACCAAUAUUGCGGAAACCUCUCUUACUAUUGACGGAAUAUACUACGUGGUCGAUCCCGGAUUCGUGAAGCAAAAAGUUUACAACUCCAAGACUGGAAUGGACUCCUUGGUUGUGACGCCAAUUUCACAGGCGGCCGCGAAGCAGCGCGCGGGUCGUGCGGGCCGCACGGGCCCCGGCAAGUGCUACCGCCUCUACACGGAGCGCGCCUACCGGGACGAGAUGCUGCCCACGCCCGUACCUGAGAUACAGCGGACUAACCUCGCUACCACGGUGCUACAAUUGAAGACCAUGGGUAUUAACGACCUGCUUCACUUCGACUUCAUGGACGCGCCGCCGGUGGAGUCGCUCAUCAUGGCGCUGGAGCAGCUGCACUCGCUCUCCGCGCUCGACUCCGAGGGACUGCUCACGCGACUGGGACGGAGGAUGGCUGAAUUCCCAUUGGAGCCAAACUUAUCGAAGAUCCUCAUCAUGUCAGUAGCACUACAAUGUUCCGAUGAAAUCCUUACUAUAGUAUCAAUGUUGAGCGUUCAAAACGUGUUCUACCGGCCGAAAGACAAGCAGGCAUUAGCUGAUCAGAAGAAGGCUAAGUUCAACCAGCCAGAAGGUGACCACCUCACACUGCUGGCCGUGUAUAACAGUUGGAGGAACAACAAGUUCUCCAACGCUUGGUGCUACGAGAACUUCGUACAGAUCCGGACGCUGAAGCGAGCUCAGGACGUCAGGAAACAACUGCUCGGUAUUAUGGAUAGACACAAACUGGACGUGGUAUCGGCGGCAAAGAACACGGUGCGCAUACAGAAGACGAUAUGUUCAGGCUUUUUCAGGAACGCCGCUAAGAAGGACCCGCAGGAGGGCUACAGGACACUUGUGGACAGCCAAGUGGUUUACAUACAUCCCUCCAGCGCCCUCUUCAAUAGACAACCAGAGUGGGUAAUCUAUCACGAGCUCGUGCAAACGACAAAGGAGUACAUGCGCGAAGUGACAACCAUAGAUCCAAAAUGGCUGGUCGAGUUCGCGCCCGCCUUCUUCAAGUUCUCAGAUCCCACGAAACUGUCCAAGUUCAAGAAGAACCAGAGAUUGGAGCCGCUAUACAAUAAAUAUGAAGAACCCAACGCUUGGAGAAUAUCCAGAGUGCGCAGAAGGAGAAAUUAAAAUGUUCACUAGAUUUAAUGUUUUCAAUAAAAUUCUACGAAAUGUGUU